AUGAUUAUUCCUGCAUUUGAUAUGGGUGUCUGCUUGUUGAUAUGGGGUGGCCCGUACAUGUUCAUCACUGAGGAAAAGCUCCAAACUGAAAUGGUUGGUUUCGUUUAUUGGAAGUGA